AUGGUGAGACGGAGCAGCAGCGGACCAGCGGUGGAGGAGCUGGAGCUGGAGCUCGACGACAGGGUCGAUGGGGUGGAGGAUGCCACGCCGGGGCACAUGCACAUCCUGACACUUUGCAUCGAGGAGAAGGUGGAUGGAGGGACGCAGGCCAUUGCGGCGUUGGAGACACUUGAAGGAGCCUUCCAGGAUUGCUCCAAGGGGAAGGAUUACUUUGGUGGAGACAAAGCCGGGAUUGUGGACAUUGUGGUCGGGGGCUACCUCGCUUGGUUCAAUGUGUUUGAGAAGAUGAUUGGCGUCAGGGUCAUGGACGCGGAGAGGACUCCUCUCCUUGCUGCUUGGGCUGAUCGUUUCAGGGCACUGGACGCUGCGAGGGGUAUCCUGCUGGAAGAUGUUGAUAAAGUCCUCGACUUCUUGAAGGCAUUUUUUGCUUAG